CCACUUGAGGCAGCAGCACCAGGUAGAAAACGCGUCAAAGGUGAAACUUUCUCCCUGGCCCGGAUCACCAUCCACAGCUUUAAACUCUUCGGAGGAAAACGUGUCUUAAUCAGCUGGUGUAACAACCAGGAUAAGGGACUACCAAGGUGAGAUGAAGUUCGGUAAGAGCAUUUGUGUGCUCAACGUUGGGGGGACCCGGUAUGCUUUCCCCCGUGAAGUGAUCAGGGAUUUCCCUCUGAAGCGCGUCAGCCGGUUGCACGCGUGCGCCUCUGAGAAAGAGGUCCUCGAGCUUUGCGAUGACUACGACCGGGAUUUGAACGAGUUCUUUUUUGACCGACAUGCACAGGCUUUUGUGUUCAUCAUGCUGUACGUGCGCUCCGGUAAGCUCCGCUUCCUUCCCGGGUUGUGCGAGCUCUCUUUCUACACCGAGAUGGCCUAUUGGGGACUCGAGAGCGCGCACCUGGAGUUCUGCUGCCAAAAGCGUCUGGACGACCGUUUGUCUGAAAUCGGUAUAUCUAGUCUGUCGGAGGAGAACCUGCGAUCCCCGGGAGAUGAGUCCCGGUGCGCAACCGGGCAAGAGCACGAAACGGACACAGGGCGCGCCAAGUGGCUUGAUAGGAUGCGCAGAACGUUCGAAGAGCCCAAUUCAUCAAUCGCAGCGCAGGUUCUGGCAUCUGUCUCGGUCGUUUUUGUGAUUCUAUCCAUGGUCAUGUUGUGUGCCAGCACCCUUCCCGACUGGGACACGGCCAAACGCAACACCGUGGAAGAACACAGGUAUUCUUUUGUGCCCUGCAGGAUUGUGGAAGCGGUGUGUAUCGGCUGGUUCACUGCUGAGUGUGGGGUGCGUUUCCUCGUGGCAAGGGAUAAGUGGGACUUCCUGUGCCAGCCAUUAAACCUCAUAGAUGUGGUGGCCAUCUCUCCCUACUACAUCACAAUGGUGUUAGCCGGGGCGGGGUUGCCAGGGGCGGGGCUAGGGGCUGCCGGGGUGGCGCUGCGGGUGCUGAGGAUGAUGCGGGUGUUCUGGCUGAUGAAGUUGGCCCGUCACUUCCUGGGUUUGCAGACCCUGGGUCUGACCCUGCGCCGCUGCUACAGGGAGAUGCUCAUGCUGCUAGUGUUUGUCUGUGUCGCCAUGGCGAUCUACAGCGCUCUAGCCCAGCUGCUAGAGUACGGCCUGGACCUCGGGGGCCGUAACCACGACUACGCAAGCAUCCCGGCGGCUGCGUGGUGGGUCAUCAUCUCCAUGACGACCGUGGGGUACGGAGACGUGUACCCGGUGACGAUGGGGGGGCGUGUCCUGGGAGGAGUGUGUGUGGUGAGUGGUAUUGUCCUCCUGGCUCUGCCCAUCACCUUCAUCUACCACAGCUUUGUACAGUGCUACCAGGAAGUGAAACUGCGCUCGGAGAGAUACACACGUAGCCUGUCAGGCCAGAUACCGCACUGA